AUACACGUCUUUCUUAUCACAUCAAUCCUCUUACAGACCUCCAUUUCACAUUGUCCCAAUGGCUCUCAGACAGUCUUUCUUCUUCAACACAAUGUCACGAUUGGUAGGCAAAUCCGUGCUCUCCCCACUGCAGCCGUUGUCGAUUGCUCAGAUCACUGCGCGGCAUCGAAUUGUUCGGUGCCGGUAAAGAUCCGUCCAUGCCCAAUGCUAAGGUUUCUCAGCCGAAAUUUUAGGAAGAUUAGCGAAAGAGUCUGCUCCUCACCGUUUCACUUCGACCUGUUCGAGCAAAAAAUCCUUGUCGGCUUUGCUCGUGAGGUGGUGCCUGCUGAGGACGUGCAGGUAUGCAUGAGCGCCUGUCUCAACUCAUUCGACACAUUCGGCUUCGAAUGCGAAUCAGCCAUGUUCUAUCCGGUCGACCAGGAGUGCAUCCUGAACACUGAAGAUCGUUUGGACAGACCUGAUUUAUUCGCUGACGAGACUGAAGACAAGGUCAUUUACAUGGACAACAACUGUGCUGGAUCUCAGUGCUACGCGCCGUACAUCACGCAGUACAUUGCUGUUGAGGGCAAACAGUUAGAGAACGAAUUGGAUCGCAUCAUCAACGUUGACGUUGAUUCGUGCCAGAGUCUCUGCACUCAACGACUCUCCCUUACUGUAAACGAUUUCAACUGCAAGUCGUUCAUGUACAACAACAGGACCCGUACGUGUAUUCUGUCUGACGAGAGAUCAAAACCGCUAGGACGCGGCACGCUCAUCAAUACCGACGGAUUCAAUUAUUAUGAGAAGAAAUGUUUUGCAUCCCCGAACACAUGCCGCAAUAUUCCAUCGUUCACUCGUGUUCCACAGAUGAUUCUCGUUGGUUUUGCCGCUUUCGUAAUGGAAAAUGUACCAUCGGUGACGAUGUGUCUUGAUCAAUGCACCAACCCACCACCAGAGACUGGAGACAAUUUUGAGUGCAAGUCCGUGAUGUACUACUACAACGAGCAGGAGUGCAUUCUGAACGCCGAGACCCGUCAUACGAAACCCGACCUCUUUAUUCCCGAGGGCGACGAGUUCCAAGUUGACUACUUCGAUAUCUCGUGCCACCUGAAAUCUGAGAAGUGCCCAGUCGGAACUCACCUAAAGGCUGUGCGCACCGUCAACGCUGCCCUGCCAGAGGGUGAAGGAGAUCUGCAUGUGCUGAAGGCAGCCGCGAAAGGCGUCAAGGAGUGCAUGAAAAAAUGCUUCGGAACAGCACCAGAAAAAUGCCGCUCUUUCAAUUACGAUAAACAGGCUGGCACUUGCAGUCUUCUUUAUCUAGACAGUAUGUCCACUCUUCGACCCCAAAUUCGACAAGGAACCGAUCUCUACGAUCUGCACUGUCUAGCAGACAUGCCUCUAGUGGAAGGAGAUUGCUCGAUCAACAAAGACGACGCGUUAUUUUCACGAUACCUGCACACUAAGCAACGUGGUAUCGCCAGCAAAACGUACAAGGUCGUUUCGCUCAACUCCUGCCUCGAAGUGUGCGCUGGAAAUCCUACCUGCGCUGGAGUAAAUUACAAUCGCCGCGUUGGUCAGUGCGACCUUUUCGACGCGAUUGAUGGAGAGGCAGACCUCAACGAACACGUCGACUUCUACAAAAACCUCUGCGUCAUCAAGGAAACCGACAGUGGGGUGUCAGCGGCUGCUAAUGUACCGGCACAGACUCAUCGUAUGUCCGGCACUGUCACGAGCAAGAAGAAAGAUUCACGUGGAGAGCUUCUUGCGACAAAGAAGGUGGUGAAGCCCUCGAUUCGUGAACAUGAACACCACCGACGCAAGCCUGAAGCUACUCUGCCUAUUGGACCACCAGUUUCCAUUCCACCUGAUGCGAUCCGCACUAUUUGCAACUAUGAGGCAAAUUUUCAAUGGAAUUGUAAUGAGAGCCAAUACACACAUCCUUCUUCUACUUGUCUAAGUGAAAAGGGUGUAUGUCGUUUGGCGCGAUGGGCGGGGUCGCGCCGCCUAUUUGAGGCGGUGCGACUCCGCCCAUCGCGCCGUUCAACUCGUUCAGAUCGCGUAAUCUUCCGCUCUCCUCUUGUCUAUAGAUGA